AUGGCGGCUAGUGGAAGAUCGAGCGGUUCAUCAGCAGUGCUACGCCCUCUCUCUUCUUCCCAGAGAUUACACAAUCACCAACGAUCGGCUUCUCCUUGCAAUCUCAACCUCCGUCUAAAGAGGUUUUCUCAUGCCGGAAACGUCCCUAAACCCUCCGCCGCCGUUUCUAAUCAGAAGAUCAAGUGUCUGUGCUCUCCCACCACCCACCCUGGGUCUUUCCGGUGCGCUUUCCACCGCCGAUUGGAAAAUGAGAAGAAGGGAAACCUAGGCUCGCCGGCGAGGCGUAACAGCUCCGGUAAUGCGGCGAAGAAUUCGGGAUUGGUUCUGAGGAAAGUGGCGUUGGUGAAUUCGCUGAGGAGAAUCGCAUGUGUGGAGGCGGAGCGAUUCAGGAGAUCUUUGGCGGCGACAAUGUUGAAACCGUCUUCUCUCCAUAUCAACCGCCGCACUGAGUUCCGGCCAAGACCUAGCCGCUUCAAGUCCCUUGAUGAAGAUCAAGAUUGA